AUGUCAACGCCCGCCACGGAUCCGCUGCCGUCCACCGUUUCCGGGACGGAAUUGACGACCGCUCUUAUACCGACGGUUACCAAGAUCGAUACGCGGCUGGACGUCAAUCCCGUUUCGGUGGUUUUGGCCGUGUCGAUAGUCUGCAUUUUAUCACCAAUCACCGUCACCGGAAACUCCAUUAUCCUGGCCGCCUUCUACAAGUACAAGAGGCUACGGACUGCAUCCAAUUACUUGCUAGUCUCUUUGGCCGUCAGCGACUUCGGGGUCGGUGUGUUCAUGCCCUUUGGGAUGCAACUAGAGCUAUCUGGUCUGCCGGAAAAUGGCGUUUCCACGUUGUGCAUCGUACCGUACUGCAUCGCGAUUGCGCUGUGCAGCGUGAGCGUGUUGGUGACUGUGGCGAUCGCCGUGGACCGGUUGACGUCGCUUGCACAACCGCUCAGGUACAAGAACAUCAUCACCCACAGCAGCAUCGAGAAAUACAUCGCCGUGUUCUGGAUCUACGCGAUCGCAGUCGGCCUCUCGCCUUUGAUCUACGCGAAUGUAGCAGGGGAAACUCAACCGCACAGUGGCAACUGCAGGUUCGGUGCAGCCGUACUCCCACCGGUAAGGGUGUUCCUGGUAGUGGCAGUAUGGGCACCAAGCGCCCUCGUUCUUCUCGGUUGCUACAUGUACGUGUAUCUGGUGGCACGUGCACACGCACGUGCGAUCUACACGGUCGAGCUAUCGUUCAGACAUCAGACGCAGACCCUGGCAUUGCCACGUUACGGUCAAACGUUAGCAGUCACGACUUGUAUGCUGUUGGAUAUUUUCUGCGGUACCAACAUCCUCACCGAGUGGGCGGUCGUCUGGCUUGGACUCCCCAUCAUGGCACACAGCGGCGUAAAUCCAUGGAUUUAUGCGUUCCAUCAUGGCGAGAUGAGGGUUGCAGCUGGUAAAAUCACCGAGGAGCUGGUCGCGUUGUUCGGUGUGACGCCCAGCCGUUACGGUUGCUCGCCAAUGAGACGCGGCUCCAACACGAACAUGGAAUUGGCCGAGGUGAACAACAGCAACGACGGUAGAAGGCAUCCGGUGGAGGAUUGCUUCGCGGCGAAGCAAAACAACGCUCUAUACAUGAGCAGGCGAUGCCUGGACGUGUCGGGGAAGCACACGGACAUCUCGCCCGAGAGGAACAUCGACCGCACGUCUUCCGGUAGUAGGCAAGGAGACAUCGUCGAGGAGAGUAUCCACGAUCUGACGAAGAUGCUCGACCUGAAGUACAUCAUCGAUCGGAAUCACAUGAUCGACUCGAACCACAACAUCGACAAGAUCAAGAAUCUGAAGUACCUUCUGGAUCCGACGUUCAACAAGAUCAGACACCUGAGACGAUUGAACCACAAACGGCUCACUAGCAAGAACUUCUCGAAAGCGUCGGAACCGAAGUUCAUCUCCUAUCAGAACUUGAAGAGCGACGGAACGUUGAAUCGUAAAGCGUUGCACAUGAAUACCAUGUCGGACCCUGUGCUGAGCGCUAACAGUCCGAUGGUGCACGCGAAAGACUUCCACGACGGUCUGAGUCCUGUCUACAGGAAACGGAGAAACUCGAACCUCUGUUCGAUGUCUGAUCCUAACAUCAAAGCAGCGACCGGACUCUCCUCCGAGGUGAAUCUUCGUCUACCAACCGGCGGGAACGUCGAAACUCACAGAUACUCUGUGCAGAAUUUGAAUCACAACAACAGGUUCGAGGGAGGCCUGGCCAAGCACGUUAUGCUGUCCCGGCAAUUGGAGAAUCAGAAGCGAUUUCACGUUCAUCCGCGUCCUCCUCGGACGAAGGUCAACAGCACGACCUUCGACCGAAACAGUCCAAAUUUGAACUUGAUACUUCAGAACAGUUACACGUUGCCAUCCACGCCGGACAGCACGAGGUCGAGCACGUCACCGAAAUACAUGACAAUUACGUCCAACAGAUUGGCCAAUGUCGUUCAUACGGAUAGUGCAAUUCCUUCGAGGAACCUGGAUCCCAGGACAGAUCCAAUUUCCUCCAGGCUGUUGCAAGUCCGAAGGAACAUGGAAACAUUGAGACAUUCCGAAUCGAUCAACACCAUCGAGCCGAUGACGCACGUGAGAUUGUUGGAACCCUGCUACAAAGCGAUGGAGAGUCUAGCAGUACCGACAAUACACUCGGAGCCACCGAGCCCCAUAGAACCACUUCCUCUUGCCUCUCUACAGGAAGAAGAAGGCACGAAGAACUGCGAUACGUCGAAGCCUUGCGUUAACAUCGACUGCUUGAAAUCGCCGAUGGGUAACAGAAGGAGCCCCUCGGUUAGACACUCGGACCCUGUAAUACCGACCGUUCUGUUGAACAUCGAGGACUACAGCGAGGACCGCGAGUCGGUCAAUGACAAGUCUAGUCACGACAGUUCCUCCAAUAAUCUGGUAUCGUCCGGCCAAAUGACGUCGAUAGAGCCGAUAGAUCUGUUCGAAGCGUUGUUGAAGAACUCGGAGAGGUACCGGGAAGGAAGGCUGCCAGAACCGAUCUUCGCCGAGCACGACUCGACGAGAUUCAGCUCGAGAAGACCCUCGGACUCCAAGUGGUCAGAGUCGUCGAGGAGCCAGGAAAUCCUGUCGAACGUGGUCACCGAGCAUCAGGCGUUCCCCUCGUCCUACUCGGUGAACAAUUUCCAGGUGUGCAACAGCGGCAGCGAUCUCAAUGAUCUGACGUCCCUCGAUCCGUUCAUGUGCCCGGACGCGUUGACAUCGUCGUUGCACGAGUCGUUUUUCAGCGGGCCGUCCGUACCUGAUUCAGAGAUCUUCACGUCGUUCGAGGAGAACGAGGAAUUCACCCCCGACUCCGAACGCAACCUGUCCCCGUACGAUUCCGGCACGGCGAUCAACUUGAAGAGAUCAACGAUCGAGAACGAUCUGCAAAGCAGGUCCACGGAGUCCGUGUUUCGCAACAGAUGUCUGUCGACGCGAUCGUGCACGAUAUUACGAUUAGAAUCAUCCUUACAUCGAAACAGAUUGCGCGUGAAACCAGGGGCGGACUACAUCCUGAAGGAUAUCAAGAAUUCACAUUUGGCACCGCUCGCCUCGCCGACACCUACAGAGAUUUGCAGUCCCACCUUCGAGCUUGUUUCAGAGAUAAAGGGUGACAGCAGUGUCGGUGUCAGAGUAUAG